AUGCCAAACAACCGCGCACAUGCAGUGUCGCGUUUUUACGCUGUCGAACGUCGCUUAUUGUCCCAAGAAAACAAAGUCAACGCUAUUCGUUAUCGUGAAAUCAUUGAAGGUCAUCUCGCAAAUGGCUACGCCAUCGAAGUCCAGUACGACCAGCUGCAACUCCCUUUCGGAAAGGUUUGGUAUCUCCCACACCAUUUCGUCACUAAUCCGAAUAAACCAAACAAAAUCCGUGUGGUUUUUGACUGUUCAGCUAAAUUCAACAACGUCUGCCUUAACGACUUUCUCCUACGUGGCCCUGUCUUACUCUCCAACUUAACCGGCGUGCUGCUCCGAUCGCGGCAGUAUUUAGUCGCUGUAUCUGCAGAUAUAGAAAGCAUGUAUCACCGAGUCGGAGUCACCCCCAAAGACCAAUCCGCAUUACGCUUCGUAUGGCGCACUCCAGGCAGUGACGAACCGCUCCGAACACUACAGAUGACGACGCAAGUUUUUGGAGCCAUCUCCUCGUCCACUUCCUCAUUUUGGGUCCUGCAGCACGCAGUAAACAGCAAUUCGCAAUUCCCAGCCGUAGCUAAAAAACUCGUCGAUAAUUUCUACGCAGACAACUUAAGCGACUCGUUCGAAACCGAAGAGGAAGCCAUCCUCUUCUCAAAACAGGCCGUCAAGUCUCUCGCGUCCGGAGGCUUCCGUCUAACGGCGUUUGCUUCCUCAUCCCGACGCCUUUUAGCCUCCAUUCCAGCUUCAGAACGAUCGAACAAGUCACUCAAUUUAGAUUUCGACAAAUUGCCGAUUGAAUACUUGCUCGGCCUCGUAUGGGUUUGCGACGUCGAUUGCUACCGUAUCCGAAUCCGGCCAAUGGAAAUGGUCACAUCGAAGCGUCAAAUGCUGUCCGCAAUGUCCCGCACUUUCGAUCCAUUAGGCAUCCUUCUAACCGUUAUCACUCAAGCAAAAAUUCUGUUUCAAGCGACAUGGCGAACAACCCAAGAACGCGUACCGGCCCGAAAAUCAGGCUCUCGUUUAGAAGCACUAGGUUGGGACGAAACGUUGCCAGAUGGAAUCCUGCUGAAAUGGAACUCUUGGUCCAAAGAGCUACCAUCGUUAGAAAAAAUUUCCAUCCCACGAUGUUUCAGAACGGCAGAUCUCCCCCUUAAAGAUAGCCAGUUCGAAUUGCACCUUUUCUCAGACGCGUCGUCCGACGCAUUUGGCGCAGUAGCGUACCUUCGAACCAUCGCCAAAGGAAAGAUUCAUCUGAGCUUUGUUCUUGCUAAAGGCCGAUUGGCUCCUUUAAAGUUACUCUCUAUCCCCCGCCUCGAGCUCCAAGGCGCAGUCACCGCUGUUCGACUAGCAAAAACGAUAAAGGGCGAAUUAAGAUUGCCCAUUGCAGAAUACUAUUUCUGGACGGACUCAGAAAUAGUCCUUCGCUGGAUCCAUUCUUCCCACUGCAACUAUUCCAGCUUUGUUUCACAUCGCGUCGGCGAAAUUCUCCGGCAUUCAGAACCAGAACAAUGGAGAUUCAUAUCCGGAUCAAAAAAUCCCGCCGACGACUGCACGAGAGGAAUGUCCCCCUCCAAGCUAGAAUCUUUUUCUCAAUGGUUAGGUGGACCAGCAUUUCUGACGGAACCUUUGUCUCUCGAAUCAGGACAGGCCGAGCUACUACCACUCGGAACUAACGACACCGAGUGGUGCCCAAAAAGAACAGUCGGCCACGUAAAUGUAGAACCAAUCCCGUCCCAGCAAUCAGCGCCUAUUAACGAAAUAAUUCGCCACCACGAAACUCUCAACGACUUGAAACGCAGCGUAGCCCAGCUACAUCGCCCCGCCGAAGACAAAACGCCACUCCGUGCCGAUGAGUUAGACCAAGCGCUUACUUUAUGUCUGUCAGCAGCAUGUCGCGAAGCAUACCCUCAAGAAUAUGCCGCCAUAUCCGCCGGAAAGAACGUAAAAAAUACCUCUCCUUUACGAAAAUUGAAUCCGUUUAUCGACAAGAAUGGGCUCCUCCGAGCCGAAGGCCGCCUCAAACACGCUGAAAUCUCCCCCGAGGCUCGCAAUCCCGUAAUUCUAGGACUUAAUCACCACCUAACCACCCUAAUUAUAGCCGACGCCCAUCAGAAGGUACACCAUUCAGGUGUAGAAUGGACUUUAAGUGAGCUACGAUGGAAAUACUGGGUGCCCCGUGGUCGACGCCAAAUCCGAAAAAUGCUGUACAAAUGCCGCGAAUGUCGCCUGUCUCGCUCCCGUCCAAAACCGCCCAUUAUGGCAAGCCUGCCAAAAGAACGUCUUCAAGCAUUCUUACCAGCAUUUACAAAUGUAGGACUAGAUUUCUUCGGCCCACUUUAUGUUGUCAUCGGGAGAAAAACGGACAAAAGAUAUGGUCUAAUAAUCACUUGUCUCGCAACACGAGCUGUUCAUCUAGAGGUAGUCUGGUCACUAACAAGCGACGCUUUCAUCAACGCCCUUCGCCGUUUCAUAAGCGUCCGUGGAAAACCCGCCUCCAUAUUCAGCGACAACGGGACCAACUUAGUAGCAGGAGAAAAGGAAUUAAGAGAAGGAAUCGACAAACUCAAUUCAGAAAAGGUCACUACGCACGCGGCCGAGCUUAACAUCAAAUGGAAUUUUUCGCCACCGUCUGGACCGCAUUUUGGUGGAGUUUGGGAGCGGAUGGUGCAAUCCAGUAAGCGAGCACUCCGCGCAGUCCUCCAAGAUCAGUCAGUCACCGAUGAAGUACUUCAAACUGUGUUCAGCGAAGUCAUGUCCUUGUUGAACGGCCGUCCACUCACCAACGUCCAUAUGGACCCCCGCGAACCAGAAGCUCUCACGCCCAACCACUUUAUUCUCGGUCGUCACGAGCCCCACAUUCCACCAACCAUCACAGACGACUCGCACAAACUUACUCGCCGCCGCUGGAUGCAAACGCAAUUUAUCGUAGACCAGUAUUGGGCCAGAUGGAUGCGCGAGUACGUUCCAAAUUUAAUCGAGCGCCAAAAAUGGUUCCGUCCGACAAAGCGCCUCGAAGUCGGAGACGAAGUCAUCAUAAUCGAUGAAAACAAUCGGCGCGGAGAAUGGCCAAAAGUAAUCCGCAACCGGAAUAAUCGAUCCAUCGUGGUGGCCGGAGUGUUGUGCACCGGCACAAUGACAUCUGGCAACAUCGAAAGAGAGGAGGAUGAGAAAGCAGAGCAGCAGACGACGGGAGUGGAGAGUAAAAAACCUCAAGAAGAAUCACGUUUUCUCUCGUUCUGA